AUGUGUGAUGUUAUAAGAAAAUAUGAAUCUACAAAAAGUUUUGUUCAACAAUUACAACAAACAACAGCUACAUUUACAUCAAAUGGAGAUGUUUAUAAAAUUGAACGAAGUAUUCGUAAAGUAGUUCCAUUUCAAACAGCAGCACAACAAUUAGCUGAUGAAUGUGUGAACCAAGUAAGACGUGAUCAAUAUUGCAUAUUUGUAUCUGAUCGACCACCAUUAAUAAAUGCACAAGCAGCACGAGAAAUUAUCGAAGAAGCUAAAGUAUUACUUCAACAUGAUUUACAAGCAAUGGGUUUUGGUAUUGUAAUUCAAAAACCACAGAAUGAUAAUAAAGAUGAACAUAUUUCAAAUUCGGAUACAGAUUCUAAUGAAGAAGAAAAUGACAAUGAAAGUGAUAGUUUUUCAUCAAAAUUAUCUUCAACUAUACAAUUUCCAUGUUUAAUUGAUGAUAAAAAUAUAAAUAUUCGUAAUGCUUAUGUUGAUGGAAAAUAUAUUUGUUCAGAAUUUACUUUAAUGAUUGAACAUAAAGAAACUACUGCUAUUAGUUGUUUUACCAAAAAGAUAACAAAAAAGAUUUCUGAAAAAUUAUAUUUACAAUAUGUUGCUUGUGCUUUUAGUAUUCAUAAAGUUUAUAUCAUUGACAUUGCAAAAGAUGAACAAUCACGAAUUAUUGAUUUACAAAUAUGUGCAUGGUUAAAACAAGAUCCUAUUGAAUUCGAUCGAAUUUCAACUUGGAUUGAAGAACAUCAUAGUGUACUUCAAUUUGAUAAUGAUAGUCAUCGUGAAAUGGCAUGUUUAAAAAUUGCUAGCGAAGUCCUCCUAUAUGCAUCAAUUGUUCCAAUAAUUAAACAACAAAUGAAUAAAAUAAAUUUAUGGAAUUAUUAUAUAACUAUUGAAAUGCCAGCAUUAAAUAUUAUUCUUCAGAUGUUACUCAAUGGAAUUUUAAUUGAUCGUGAAGAAUUAAUUAAUGCUCGAGAAGAUCUUCUUACUCUAAUGAAUAAACUUGAAUUACAAGCAUAUCGUUUAGUUAAACGUCGUUUUAAAAUGAAUAGACAAAAAGAUCUUAUAAAAAUUCUUUAUGGUGAACUUCAUUUACCAAUACAAUAUACACCACAUGGUCGUAUAUGUUUUAAAAAAUCUUAUUUAAAUGUUUUAGCUGAUAAACAUCCAUUACCAAAAUUAAUUAUUGAAUAUCGACAAGUUCAAAGUGCUCAUGAUCGAUGUAUUGAUCAUUUUGAACAGUAUAUUAAUGAACCAAUUAAACCACAAUCAUUACAACGUUUACGACGAGAAGUUUUAUGGCAAACUGAACGUACUUAUGCUUAUUGUCAUUUUUUUACAGCAACUGGACGUAUGAUUAUUGUUAAUCCACCAUUACAACAUGUUCCAAAACAUUUUCUUAUUCAAUCAUUACAAAAAGAAUCAACAAUUCGAUUACGAAAAAUGAUUGUUGCUCGAGCAGAUUUUCAACUCGUUUCUUUUGAUUAUUCUCAAUUGGAAUUAUGUGUUCUUGCUCAUCUUUCCAAUGAUGAAAAAUUAAAAACACAUUUAAUAAAUGAUACUGAUUUUUUCAUAUCACUUGCUGCUGAUCUUUUAAAAAAACCAGAACAUGAAAUAACACGUGAACAACGUCAAAAUGCUAAACAAAUUUGUUAUGGUAUUCACUAUGGAAUGUCAAAAGAAACAUUUGCACGUGAAACACAAAAUGAAUAUCAAUGA